UAUAAUUUGAUUGAAUAAAACCAUUUUUCGUUGAAAAAACAAUAACAUUGAAUUUACUAUUUAAAUUUCCCCAAUUUCUUCAAUGAUUUUCUUGAAUUUCAUUUUGUCGUUUUACCAACCGUCUUUAACCAACUUUAGAUGGUUGACAAUAAUAAACAACAACCACCACCACCACCACCAACAUCACCACCACCAAAACAAUCAUUACAACGACAAGAUUCAUUGCAAAAAGAAAUAAUUCGUGAAUGUCAACAAAUCAUUGAACAUGGUUAUCGUAUUAAUAAUCUUAUUGGUUCUGGAUCAUAUGCAAAUGUUUAUAAAGCACAACAAUUGCAAACAAAUCAUUUUGUUGCUAUAAAAUUUAUUAAUUAUAAUAAAUGUUCAAAUUAUUAUCGUAAUCAUUUUCUACGUUACGAAGUACAUAUCAUUCGAAUUUUGAAUGAUAAACCACAUGCAAAUAUUGUUGGUUUUAUUGAAGCAUUCAAUAUUGAUCAACCAAUAAAUGGUUAUAUUAUUGUUAUGGAAUUUGUUGAAAAUGGUACAUUAACUGAUCAAAUAUUAAAAAAUGGUAAAUUGAAAGAAAAAUCAGCAAAAAAACUGUUUCGUGAUAUUUGUAAUGGUUUAUUACAUAUGCAUAAUAAUCAUAUUGCACAUCGUGAUCUUAAAUUGGAUAAUAUUUUACUUACAAAUAAUAAUCAGCCGAAAAUUUGUGAUUUUAGUUUAUCAAUUAUAUGGCCAUCAUCAUCAACAAAUGAUGAUCAUCAAAAAAAAUUAUGCGAAGAUUAUUGUGGUACUGAUUUAUAUUAUCCACCUGAAGUUGGUCGAAAAAUACCAUACAAUCCAAUGGCAUAUGAUAUUUGGAAUUGUGGUAUUUGUUUAUUUAUAAUAACAACAAAAAUGUUUCCAUUUCGUUCAGAUGAUUUAAAUAUAGUAAUAUCACAUCAAAUGAAUCGUAAUUAUCGUUUACAUCAACAAUAUAAACAAUUAUCAAAUGAUUUAAAACAAUUGUUAUCCGGUAUGUUGGAACCGGAUUUUCAAAAACGUUUUACCAUCAAUGAAGUUUUAAAUUCAAAAUGGUUUGGUAAUAGUAAUAAUAGUAAUAGUUUAACAAGAACAAUGACAAUGACAAUGACAAAUCGUCGUUCAUUAUCAUUUGGUAAUUAA